ACAGUCCCGCGGCAACGCGUCGCUUCUCGAGCGUGCCCCGCGGCGGCGCCGGCCGCUGGCGGAGCCCGCGUGAGCGCGGUGCGAGCCGCCAGUCGACAGCCCGGCGCGCAGUGAGUGGGCCGCCGCAGUCGGAGAAAGUGCGUGUGGAUGUACGCUGUGUCCAGCAACCACUGGUGACAUAGGGACAUGUGUUUAGUGUUGGUGUGAGAAGACGAUUCUGGUCGGGCUGUGGAUCGUUGAAGAAACGAAAAAAGUGCGUUAGAGGCGGCACCUGUUUCGGUUUCGUCCGGGGUUUAGCGUUAUUCAAUCACCCCCGCCUCCGCUAUGGAUAACGCCGCUUUGGAUAUAACCGAGGACGAGCUGCCUCCGAAGCCUACCAACGGCUCGCACCACCACGGCGAUGCCUCCAUUGAGCUGCGGCAGCGCGUGGCAGCUGACGGCCCGGCCGCCGCCGGCGGUGCCGGGCCCAAGGACGACAACUACGUGCCGCGGCCCGAGAUGCUGUAUGAGGUGGACGACACGCCUCCCUGGUACUACUGCAUAGUGCUCGGGUUUCAGCAAUACCUGACAAUGUUCGGUAGUACGGUGUCCAUCCCUCUGAUCGUCACACCCGCCAUGUGUAUGGAGGAGAGUGACCCGGCGCGCGGCUACGUCAUCGGCACCAUCCUCUUCGUCUCCGGGAUCGUCACCCUGCUGCAGGUCACCUUCGGCGUCAGGUUAUCGAUCGUGCAGGGCGGCAACUUUUCCUUCCUGACGCCGACGUUCACACUGCUCAGCCUGCCGGAGUGGAAGUGCCCCAACCCGGACGCCGUGGCGCUGCUUUCCGAUGACGAGAAGCAGGAGCUGUGGAUGUCGCGCAUGAGGGAGGUGCAGGGCGCCAUCGCCGUGUCGUCCCUGUUCCAGAUCAUACUCUCGUUCGGAGGUGUGGUCGGUCUUCUGCUGAACAUAAUCACCCCGCUGACGAUCGCCCCGACCAUCUCCAUGGUGGGCCUGGCGCUGUUCGGUGUGGCUAAGGACAAGGCGGCCACCCACUGGGGCAUCUCCAUACUAACGAUGGCCAUAGUGAUUCUGUGCAGCCAGUACCUGCGGGAUUUCAACAUUCUGAUCCCCCGCUGUCGACGAGGCGCCGACUCGACCGAGUCGCGGUGGAUGCGGGUGCCCGUCUUCAAACUGUUCCCGAUUCUGUUUGGUAUCGGCGUGAGCUGGCUGCUGUGCGCCAUCCUCACGUACCACGACGUGCUACCGGCCGACUCCCCAGCCCGCACCGACCUCCGACUCUCGGCUCUGCGCGAGGCGGCCUGGUUCCGGCUGCCCUACCCAGGUCAGUGGGGCGUACCCUCUGUCCACAUCGGACCCGUGCUUGGCAUGCUGGCAGGCGUCAUUGCAUCAAUGAUCGAGUCCAUCGGAGACUACUACGCCUGCGCUAAAAUAUCUGGCGCGCCGCCACCGCCGGUACACGCCAUUAACCGCGGUAUCGGCAUGGAGGGCCUGGGCUGCUGCCUGGCAGGUCUGUUUGGGACCGGUAACGGUACCACCAGCUACAGCGAAAACAUCGGCGCCAUCGGCAUCACUAAGGUGGCCAGCCGCCGAGUUCUUCAGUGGGGCGCCCUCAUCAUGAUGGUGUUCGGCACGAUCGGCAAGUUCGGCGCCCUGUUCAUCACCUUGCCGGACCCCAUCGUGGGUGGCAUGUUCAUCAUCAUGUUCUCCAUGAUCACUGCUGUCGGGCUUUCAUCACUGCAAUUCGUGAACCUGAACUCGUCUAGGAACCUGUUCGUCUUAGGAUUUUCCAUAUUUUUCGCAUUGGUGUUGCCGACCUACAUGUCGGAGAACAAGGAUGUGAUCAAGACGGGCAGCGCGGCGUUCGAUCAGAUCCUGUACGUGCUGCUCUCUACCAGCAUGUUUGUGGCUGGCUUCCUGGGCUGUGUGCUGGACAACACCAUACCCGGCACUGAUGAGGAGCGCGGCGUACUCAAGUGGAAGAGUCAGAGCCACAUGUCGCACGUGACCGUAUCAGUCACCACCUACGACCUGCCGUUCGGCAUGGACAAAAUCCGCAGCUGGAACUGGGCGCGGUACGUGCCCAUCAGCCCUACGUUCCGCGGCUUUCCCGUGGUUCUGAACUUCUCAAAACCCUUCCGGCGGUGCCGGGGCUCGGAGGCCGGCGACGAGGACGAGCGUCCUUAGCAGUGGUGUGACCACCGACCCUAAGACUGCAAGACUCCGUAGAACACCGCCCGACCGCUCCCUCCUUCCAACCAAGCUGCCUUUAGUUUCGAAUGUCCAUGAGCGCAACAACCGCUGGGUGUAGAGCAGGCGCGGUGUCACAUUUUACAGAUAUGGCGUGCUCUGGUUAGUGGAAGGUGUCUUAUCGCAUGAUUGGCAGCUGCUAUAGACUCUGCAAGCAUUCAAAUAUCAUUCCAUAAGAGUGGCAAAGUUCACUAUCUUCCGUGGUGACCUGCGAGGAUUCACGAGCUUGCCUCUCAAUCAUAGAAUCUCACCGUAACGGGAGCCUUUGAAUCGAAGAAUCUCUCCGUAACGGGCUGCUAAAAGGCUAUGGACGAAGUAGAGUGGAGUAUGUAAUAUGUGAUGUGGUCCGGAACGGUGGUCUUAUGGUAACGUGAGCGCCAUGUCAGUUCAGGAAGUUUAAGUUCAGAGACCCUGAUGUCCUCAGCGGAGCAGUCUGGUCGUCUUUUUUAUCGAUCACGAUGUCUAUCACGUUAUAAGAUUAGAUGCAUACCAAUUGAUAUUUUUAACAAAUGAGGCGAGGCUGCUGAUCAGGUUUGGCAUGGUGGUGUUUUGGUUUUAUUUUUGCACGUCAUGCGAACCAAUUGCCAUGCACCUGUGCUCUAUUUUUGUCGAUGACUGCAGUGCUCACGAACAUUGACAGCGACAUUCCAUGUAACAUUCCCAAAUGGUCAGUGUUUGUAUAUCGCAUUGAAAGGGUACGGUCGUUACGUGCGAGCAUAUUGUGGACCUGGGACCAACGCCCGUUGGAGAUGUACCUAUAGGUACCAAUGUGAAAGUGAUGCAAAUACAUGUCAUAACAAGUUUAAA